AUGGCAGCCCCCGGACACGCGGCCGCCCCGAAGCCAGUGUCGAGUGCUGGCUCGGCAGACACGAACGGCAUCAACGGACACGCCAAUGGAGACGGCGAAAAGACAAUCACGAUCAACGGCAACCACGUCUUGACCCUGCAACAGAAACACGUCGUCCUGGAGCACACAGCUCAGGAGGCAUACGAAGAAGGUAGUGGCAUCUGCGGCCUUUCGCUCGGGACCGCUGGCUCACCCGAUACCACGAUCGCUCUCUACAAUGUUCUCUGGGCCGAGCGCGAUGGCACCAACCUCCACAUCACUCAUGCCCAGCCGACGUCCAAACACAAGUUCCGCCCUGUGACGGCCACGGUGGACAUCUCGGCCAACAGCGCCGAGGCUGUCGAUCAGCUGGUCGAGGCACUGCUCUCCAGAGCCUACGGCCGGGCCAAGCGCCAGAAGAGGGCCAAGGUGCUUGUCAACCCCCACGCAGGCCCCGGAGGCGCCGUCCACAAGUGGCACCACGAUGUCGAGCCUCUGUUCAAGGCGGCCCGCAUGACGAUUGACAUGCAAAAGACUGUGCGGUCCGGCGAGGCCAUUGCGAUUGCUCGCGACCUCGACAUUGCCCAGUUCGACACCAUUGUUGCGUGUUCUGGGGAUGGGCUCCCCCACGAGAUCAUCAACGGGCUCGGUGCCCGCGCCGACUCGCGUCACGCGCUCGAGAAAAUUGCCGUGUGCCAGAUCCCCUGCGGCUCGGGCAACGCCCUGUCGUGCAGCACGUUUGGGACGUACCAAGCCGGUGAGGCUGCCCUGGCCCUCAUCAAGGGCGUAGAUACGGUCAUAGACUUGACGAGCAUCACGACGGGCGAGGAGCGCAAGCUCAGCUUCCUCAGCCAGGUGGUGGGCAUCAUCGCCGAGGCCGACCUCGGCACGGAGCACAUGCGAUGGAUGGGCAACCACCGAUUCACGGUCGGCGUGGCGCAGAGGAUCUUCAAGAAAAAGGCGUAUCCCUGUGACGUUGCCGUCAAGAUUGAGCUGGACGACAAGGAGACCAUUCGAACGCAUUACCGGGAGAAGCUCAAUGCCGCGCCGGUGACGAUGACCAAGGCAGACGGCGCCGGCCUGCCUCCGCUCAAGUACGGCACGAUCAACGACGCGCUGCCCGAGGACGGCUGGGUGUCGGUCAAGUACGACAACAUGGGCAACUUUUAUGCCGGCAACAUGCCCCUCGUGGCGCCCGAGUCCAACUUUUUCCCAGCGUCGCUGCCCAACGACGGACUGCUCGACCUCGUCACGAUUGACAGCGACAUAUCCAUCCUGAAGCAGAUUGGCAUACUGACGGCCGUGGGCGACGACAGCACUUCCUUUUUCGCCAAUGCCGACGUCAGCUACCGCAAGGUGACGGCGUACCGGUUCACGCCGCGCGACCAGAAGGACGGCUACAUCAGCAUUGACGGCGAGAAGUUUCCGUUUGCCCCUUUCCAGGCCGAGAUCCAUCCGGGGCUCGGCAAGACGUAUUCAAAGACGGGGCGGUACGAGGCGAUCGGGGUAGGCCACGGCGAGGCCCACCGCUUAAUAUCCAUCAAGACCAUGUCUCUGCCGAAAUCCGGGGACCAUCCCCCGGCGGCUCUCCCGCCCAUCGACAUCAAGCCGUUGCUCAAGAGGCUCUGGCCUGUGCCUCUGAAUGGCCCUCAGGUGACGGCCGACGAGAUCGCCGAGGCCAUCUCCCACUUCUUCACGGCCCGCGUGUCCCAGGCCCAGGCUGCGUCGCUGCUCAUCUCGCUGCACUUUACGAACCUCGACCGUCGCGCCGAUGUCAUGGCCAAGUCGGCCUACGUCAUGCGUCAGGCCGCCGCCGCCGUCGACCUGCCGUCACUCGACCGCGUCGUCAAGGCCAAGGGGCUCGCCGAGGGUGGCUACGGCGGCGGUCUCUGCGACAUUGUCGGCACCGGUGGCGACGCCUACAACACAUUCAACAUUUCGACGACGGCGAGCAUCCUCGCGAGCGCCCUCCUCGCCGUCAGCAAGCACGGCAACAAGGCGUCGACGUCCAAGUCGGGCUCGGCUGACCUCGUCCCCCACAUGCAGCCGCGCGCCCCCGUCAUCACAGACGUCAGCCCGGCGACGCUCGAGAAGGUCUACGCCGCCACCAACUACGCCUUCCUCUUCGCGCCCGUCUUUCACCCGGGCAUGCGCUUCGUCGCGCCCAUCCGCAAGGAGCUCCCCUGGCGCACCAUCUUCAACCUCCUCGGGCCCCUCGCCAACCCGGUCGAGGACGCCCUCGAGGCCCGCGUCAUCGGCGUCGCCCGCAAGGAGCUCGGCCCCGUCUUUGCCGAGGCCCUCACCAUCGCCGGCUCCCGCAAGGCCAUGAUCAUCUGUGGUGACGAGGAGCUCGACGAGGUCUCGUGCGCCGGCCCCACCCUCAUCUGGCGCCUGCGCGAAGGGCCCGACGGCGUCGUCAGCACCGACCACUUCACCGUCGAGCCCGCCGACUUUGGUCUGCCGACGCACCAGCUCGACGAGGUGUCGCCCGGCAAGGAACCGGCGGAAAACGCCGAGAUCCUGCGCCGCAUCCUCAGCGGCGAGGUCGCCGACGACGACCCCAUCAUGGAGUUUGUCCUCCUAAACACGGCCGCCCUCUUUGUCGUCUCGGGCAUCUGCGAGGCCGACACGAGCAGCAUGGGGCCCGGCGACGACGGAAACGUCAUCACGGAGCGGGGGCCCGGCGGCGAGGGCUGGAAGGAGGGCGUCCGGCGCGCGCGCUGGGCCGUCAAGAGCGGCGCCGCCUGGAAGCAGUGGUCGGCUUUUGUGGACGUGACCAACGGGUUUGCGUGA